CUCUUUUCAUACUGUGCCACCAUUUAUGGCCUUUAAGGAAAUCCCUAAUGAUGCUAACCUUGAAAGGGUGAACUAUUCAGAGUUUAUAGAGACAUAUUCAAACAGUGAUGACAGUUAUUUUGAAGAACUAUCUGAAUCUACUAUUGAACGCUUGCUGGAAAUUGAACACACACCUAGAAUAUCUAAUCAUAGGGACCUUCAGAAUUCCCCUGUCAACAAUGAACUAAAUGAUAAUCAAGAAACUGCCGACGUGUUAACAGAUGAAUCGGCAGAGAAAACUAUUUCACGACCGUCAGUACCAUUCGCCAACAGGCAACUGCUGCAUGAAGACAGUUUUAGCACAAACACAAUUAAAUGGGACAGCAAGGCGUCUAACAGCUGUCGUUUGUCUCAAGAUUUUGUAAAUUCAUUGUCAGUGACACAUCACUCUGAGAUGGAGGCCUGUGAUAUUCUUAGUCAAGAUGAUUGUGACGUCACCCAGUGCUGUCAGACACCACACACAAAUAUGGCACUGUGUCAAUCACUCAGUGCUCCGGCUUGUGGGGAUGACAUGACAAGUCCUAGCAGACCCUUGGUGAGAGGAAGUCAACAAGUCAAUCAUCACAGAUGGUCAGCUAGCCAAGUUACCACAUUCACAAAUAAGUACACAAACUCUGACAAUGAAGUGUCACCUGAACUUGGUGAGAUGAUGGAAAACUUGAUCCAUACACACAUGCUGGAUGCGUCGUGCCAAGUCGAUGAUGAUAUGGCACUGAGGGCUGACAUUGUAGACACAUGCGAUCUAAGUAUGAUGGCAGUGCCUUUGUUAGUCAACACAUCUUCAUUGACUGAGCCAUGCCAAGUAACUGAUGUGUCUAUGAUUACGGAUCAUACUGAGCCAUGCCAAGUAACUGAUGUGUCUAUGAUUACAGAUCAUCCAGAGACCCUGGAUUAUAGUAUGAUGGCUGUGCCGGAUGUCGUCAACAAACUGACUAUGACGGAUAAAAAGUUGGUGAUGGAUAUUUGCUCCUCGAUGACCCCCAUCAAAAUUGCUAAACAGGGUCAAAGGUCAGACAAAACACAUUUUCUUUCGAUUGUAAAUAUCAGUAGAUGCAUCCAGAGGCGUAGCGUGGUGGGGGCAGGGGGUGACAGAUGUCCCCGGGCGCCAGCUAGUUAGGGGCGCCAAAAUGUGCUUUGAUAUUAUUUUAUUGAUGAGAGUUGAAAAAAAAGAAAAAGGGGCGCUAAAAAUGGACCUUGUCCCUGGGCGCGAAUCUUGUCCCCGGGCGCCAAACACCCUCGCUACGCCACUGGAUGCAUCACCAAUUAUCUGAGCUUAUAGUGGAAACUGACGGUAACAGCAUAAUGAAGUAAUAGUUGAGAGUACCUUACAGUAAUGGGAAUUUUCCUUCUCACUUUACCGGAAUUGUUAUUUGAGGCUUUAUAUUAAAGUAGACUUGAAUGAAAUUGUCACUUGGUUAUCUGAUAGCUAAUUAUGUCUUUUGUUGGAUAGUUAAUGUUAUGUCUUUUGUUUGAUAGUUAAUGUUAUGUCUCAUAGUUAAUGUUAUGUCUCAUAGUUGAUGUUAUGCUGAUGCACACUUACUAUGAGAAUCUUGAUUUUUGUGCAGGUUAACAGCAGAUUCAGUGAGACAGCUUCACCCUCGUACACUUGCCAACCAGCUGGACACCUUGAUGACAGUGAACGAAAGACUGGAAAAGGAAGUGAAGAGUUCGGUUCAGGAGAUGGUUCAUCUCAAAGCUGAACUUAGGGUAGUCAAGUCCAAGCUGCUUGAUGUGGAGAAACAACUUGAGUUGGAGAAACUUGGUCAGAGCAAACACAUAACAAUGCUUGAGGUAUGUGAGAAAUAUGGGGGAACAAUGAUGUGGUAUGAGGAGGGAAAUGGUUCAGGUAUGAGAAAUAUACGUUGUUAAUAAGGAGGUAAGAGAGAAAUAUGUAACCAGUAUAGUGGUUAAGACUUCCUUUAACAGAUUGUUACUGACUGUGACUUGAAUGCUGAGAGAAGAAAUGUCAACAAGGGAUACAGUGAGGCAAUUUCUAGGACUUCUAACGUACAUGUCAAUUGUACAGGUCCCCACUGUACAAAAAUACUGGUCUGCAGCAACUUUGUACCAUGGACUUUAGGCCGUAGCCUUGUUGACCAAAAAGAUUUAUUUAAAUGAUGACUUUCCUCAAAGUUUCUAAAAUUCAGAGAAUGAGGAGGCCAAACUUUGUAAAGUUAGAUUGUCUGAUUUUAUAAGAAGAAAAUGCCAAAAGCUGUACCAGCCUCGCCAACAGUGAGCGAUAGAUGAACGCAUGGUGAAAAACAAAGGGCAAUACACUUUCAGGCACUUUCUAUCAUCUCUCAUUAGCCACCACUCAGUUUCUAGUCAAUCCUUUGCUGAUGACACUCAAAUCAGUGACUCUUGCUUUCCUGAUCAACUUGAUGCCACAAUCCUUCGCAUACAGGAGUGCGUGGACGACGUAAAGCGUUGGAUGACUUGCAACAAACUGAAGCUAAAUGAUGAUAUAACGGAAAUCCUUCUCAUCCACUCUCAAAACAAACCUCUCCAUCCAUCCGCUCCUUCUUCUAUAUCUAUUGGCAACUCUGACAUCACAUUCUCUUCCUCUGCCAGAAACCUUGGAGUCAUGCUUACAGACACCCUCUCCAUGGACAAACAUGUCACGAACAUAUGCAGAUCAGCAUACAAUGAAAUUAGAAAAAUCAGCACUAUUAGACACCUCUCCUUUGAUGCCACAAAGACUCUCGUCUCUUCACUCAUUCUUUCAAAAUUUGACUACUGUAACACUCCUCUCGCAGGCAUCCCUCAACACCACAUAGACAAACUUCAGAAGGCACAGAACUCAGCAUGCAGACUCAUUUUUAAAUCAAAGAAACAUGAUCACAUUCAACCACACAUGCAGCAACUCCACUGGCUUCCAAUAUCCACUCGCAUCAAGUAUAAGUCUGCCAAUCUAUGCUUCAACUCGUUCACUGACCCUCACUUUCCUGUCUAUCUCUCUGAACUGUUGCUUCCUUACAUCCCCACAAGACAACUACGUUCUUCAAUUGACAAUAGAACCCUCUCAAUCCCAAGAACCAAAACUAAGACCAUUGGUGAACGCUCCUUCUACUUCCAUGCGCCCAGGUUCUGGAACCAGCUCCCCUUCCACAUCUGUCAUUGUGAAACCUCGUCCACUUUCAAAAAGUCCCUUAAAAUCUUAUCUGUUUAGGUCCGCCUAUGACCAGUGAUGCACCCUCCUUGCCCUGCCUCAUUUUCUGUCUCAGGUUGAUCCUGUAGUGUAGGCCAAAACGUGCCAAAGUGUACUCGUUUUUAUAGCCAUUUUAAUGUUUAAGCUACUGUUUCUAUAGUAAUUUUUAAUAUAGUAGUUACUGUUCUAGUGUCUCUGGUUUUUCAUUUUUAUUUUACUUUUGCAGUUUAAAUAGUUUACAUAUUUUUAAUAAUAUGUAAAGCGCUUAGAGCUGUAAGGUAAGCGCUAUAAAAAAAUGCCUAAAUAAAUAAGAGACAAGCCAACAAAAUGGAGUAUGGCAGUUUGGGUCCAAGCAGAGGCAAUAACAGGCUACACUUAUGAUUUUGAUGUACCUUUAGGAAAGCAGACUCAAUCAUCAAAAAAUGGCUUGGCCUAUGAUUUUCUUAUGAACCUUAUCAAGUAGGCUAAAAAACCAAGGCUACCGAGUGGAUUUUCUUUGGUUGAUCAUCUCUGUGAAGGCUAUCAAUUACUAAAAAAAAAAACUCUGUUGAUAAUUGGAAUACUUGCUUGUGGGGACCGUAAUGAAAAAUAGAAAAGUUUUGCCUAAUGAACUGAAAGACAUCAAAACUUAUGGACAACAAAUCUAAAGAGGAUACAUGAGGUGGAUUAGACAGGAUGAAAUUUUAACUGUCCAAUGGAGACAUUUUAAAACAGUCUCUCUUGUCUCCAAUGAUAUGACAGCUAAUAGAUUUUCCCAUGUGAAAAGGAGAACCAAAGCUGAUAGUGUUUUUAGACAGUUAUUGGUGAGACAACCAAAUAUUGUAAAGUCAUACAAUGCAUUGUGUGGUGUGGAUAAAAGAGGUCAGUUGAUAAUUAAAUACAACACCAUAAGGAAACAAAAAAAGUACUAGGAACCCCUUUUCUUGGAUUUUGUUGAUAUUGCCAGGGUAAACAGCUAGAUCCAUCUUCCAGGAGUGGAGAAAAUAAAAUCCUGACUUAGAGGAACUAAAGCAGCCUAACUGCUAACUCCAAAUUGAUUUUACGGAGGAACGUAUUAGAGCAGGCCUGCAAAACUCAAAAUGUAAUGCGGGGCCAAUAAUUUAUGAAAAACUUGUGCGGGGCGUAAUACUUUAUGAAAAACUUGUGCAUGUCCAAAGAUGUUGGGGGGGGGGGGGGGGGUGGGGAGCUAUUAAGAAAUUAAUAAUAAUAAAGAAUAUUUCGUUACUUCACGGGCCGCCAAGUGGGCUUGUAUUAGAGUGGAUUACAAAAAACUGAGGAUGUUCCAAAUGUUAACACCUCAUAUUACCAGACAGUGCAUCCAACACUCACUGAGUGCACAUAUUUAUAGAGAAAUUCUAAAGUGUGCUAUAAAUUGGGACUUAAAAAAAAACAGUCAAAUUGUGCACUUACCCUGGCUUUAAUAAAACAAGAACUUGUCUUGAGUACCGGUACCAUAAAGUUUAAAUUGUCCACAUAUGUAUUUUCUUUGGUGUAAAUACUUAUAAACAUGUAAAAUAAUGAUUACCUGUAAUUCUUAUGAAUUUUUGUGAAGGGGCGGUCAAUUGAUUUUUUAAAAUCAUUUCCCCUUUUUGACAUAUUUUACACAAUCUUUCAUAUUUUAAUAACAUGCCAUUCAAAAUGUUGAUUUCUUCAUAUGACAUACAAAAAUGAAUUUUCUUUCUGAAUACACAGACUUUAUGAAAAAUGUCCAAAUAGUUUUUCUUUUCUUUUUUCUUCUCAAAACUUCAAAGUAUUGAAUUUAAAUGUUAAGAAACAUCAAUUUUUGAAAGCUUCAUGCAUUUCCCUACAAAUUUAUAUGUAACAUCAUUAACUUUAGACAAACAUUCUUAAUAAUAUUGCCUCUUUUGUGGCUUCACUAGAAAUCUUAAGAUAGUAACGAAAAAUUCAAAGAAUGUCAAGAGUUAAUGGAGGAGGGGUGCAUCAGUGCUUGCUAAGUGAUUAGGUGGGGCUGGGCCAAAACAUUCAAGAAACACUGCUCUAAAUGAAGUGCAUUAUCAUUGUAUAUUUUGAUAUGUCUUGUAGAAGGGUGAGACAAUGUUUUGUAUCCUCAUGAAAUUAUUCUUUAAGGACCUCCAUGAGGAAGCAACACUUGGAUUACAAGCCUGCAUCCAGGAGAAACAGGCAACCAUCUACAACCUAGAGCAGGAGCUAAAAUGUAGCCAAGAAAAACGUAAAGAAGCCGAGGUCAGAUUGAUUACCCUAGAGCAAGACCUGGCAGAUAAGAUUGAAACCUUACAACAGCUGCAAGCGGAGUCAAAGUGCCACUUUGAGACGGAGGUAAGAACUAGCACUGAGAGACCUAUGGAGUGGCAUGGUCUUCAUAAAAAUAUUAACUACCCUGUUUGAUGGGGUUAGAAUAAAACUCCUUAAAUAGUGGUUAAGAUAUAAGUAAAACAUCAUGUCUCUGUGAAUGUAUGGCUAUAUGUGUGAAAGUACUGAUGAUAUCUGUGUGAAUUUACUGUUGAUAUAUGGGAAUGUACUCUGAUAUUGGUGAAUGUACAGCUUACAACUUUGAACUUACUGCUAUCUGUGUUAAUGUGCUGGUGAUGUCUGUAUGAAUGUACUGCCUUUCAGAAUCUCUACUAUUUAUCAUCAUUUUAUAGGUUGUUGAAACACUUGUUAUUGUUCUAUUAUUAAUUUACUUUCAACAUUAACUGUGUGUAUUAACCUUCUAAGUAAUACAACAUUCUUAUUUAGAUUUAUCUAUGUAUUAACUGGUGUUCACCAUUUUGUCAACUGUACAAGUGUUGUAUGUUUCAUUUGAACUAUUCAACUUUUUGUGUCUUUGGUUAAAUAAAAGAAAGUCUUUCCCCCAGCUGGUCAAGUUACGAAGACGUUAUGAUGAGAGUAACAGCAAGCGUCAGUUAGAAUCCUCAUUACAAAUCAUUCAGGAGCUCCAGGCAGAGAAGACAGAGUUACUUGAAGUUUUUGACGAUCUAGAAAGAAAUGUAACUCUACAGGUAGAAUUAAAUUUCAAUACUUAGGUUUUUAAUGCAUAGUUCUCAAACUAUCCUGCAUAACUAUCAUAUUCUAGGCUCACAAAUAAUUUUUUAAAUUAUAAAAUGUAAAACCAUUUUUUUUUGGGUCAAAAUCUAUUUGACAUCAUGAGUGUUACUAUUUCAGCUCAGUUUAUAAAAUGAAAAUUUUCCAUGUGCUCUAUGGUGAUUGAAAACUAUGGUGGUUUUAUGUAGGUUUGGUUAUAUGGGCAUAUGUGGCAUGUGCUACGUACGUAACGGGUCUUAGUGCUAAAGUAUACUGGAAUACAUGAUUGUUAAAUAUUGUAGAAUGUAUUCAGUAGGACAGAAUGUAUGCAACUGUGGAAUAAUUUAAUCAAACAGUUUCAAUUGGCUGACGGCCUCUUCUUGCUGGACAAGAAAGUCAAGGGCUCAGCCUGGAAGAAUAGGCAGGAACAUGAGCAACUUGUUUUUGAGGUAAAGAUGUGUCUGCUUGUCAGCUGUGUAUGCUUGUCUGCUGUGUUGUGGCCGGCUCCCCCCCCCCCCUGAAUCUGCCUGUCAGCUUUCUCCCUGUCAUCUGAAUCUGCCUGUCAGCUGUGUCUCUCUGUCUGCUGUGCGUCACCGUCUCUGUCAGCUGUGUCAGAAUAAUGUUUAUCUCAUUUUUUUAUUAGUUCCAAUUUUUAUAAAUAUUUGAUUAAUUUAUGUAAAAUGACUUUUUUCUGACCAGUUUGACAACAUGAAAAAGAAAUACAAUUCCCAGCAAGAAGAGCUUGAGAACCUUUCAUCCGAGAACAGAGAGCUGCAAGUGGAUAUACAAAACCUGAGUGACAUUUUGAACCGGAGUAACAAGUGCUUGGUGGAGGUAUGUCAGCACAAAUAAGAAGGUGCCAGCCUACUACCGUAUUUUACAGACUAUAAGAUGCUACAGACUAUAAGACGCACCUUAAUUUUUAAGCAAUUUUUUUUUAAAUAACAUUUUUACCCAUUUUUAUUAUUAGAUUGCAAAGCCAGACAAAAAAAAAAAAUUCUUAUUUUAUAAAACCAAACUGACCUUUAAAAUCGCUGAAAAUCGUCAACUGCUGCAAGUUGAAUCCAAUGUUGCCAGAUAGAGAUAGGUUUCCUGUGGCAUCGAAUAUAUGGACAUUUUAAGACUGGCGGGAAUUUUAAAUCAAAUGCUGGACAUUUUUAUAUUAAUUUUGAGUAUAAGACGCACCUGCAUUUUGGAGGCAAUUUUUGGAAGAAAAAAGUGUGUCUUAUAGUCCGUAAAAUACGGUACCACAAAACAAUCAGUAACAUAUAAUAUUAUUAAUGUAGAAACACUGCUUCAAUGUCAGCAUUAACAACUUAAUCUUUUAGUUUAUCUCUCAUCUUAUAUUCUUUCACAAGUAAAUAUAACAUUUAAUCUUUAAAAAGCCAUAAUAUUAAGACCGAAACAAAGAUCCUGUAUGCUGUUGCUCCAUCAGUGACGUUCCCCUUACUUAAUAUUUAAAAUGACAUCUUGUUCAUGCUGAAUGUUAAAUAUUUUCUAAUUGGUUGGUCAAAUACAUCUAAAUUUUUGUUGGUGAAGAAAUGUCGGCUAGAUCAUUCAGCAAUAGAGAUCCGACAUCACCGUUCACAUAAUACAUCCAACAUUAGAGCCAUGUCUGACGGCACUGUUCACAUAGCACAUCAGAGCAAUUUCUGACUGCAAGGUUCAGAUCCAACUUUAGAGUAAAGUCAGACCAGCAAUGUUCACCUAGCACAAUCAACAUUUUAGCAAUGUCACAUAGCACAUUCAACAUUAGAGCAGUAUCAAACGUCUGUGGCAUUUGAAACCAUGUCUCGUACCACAAGGAGCAUUGAAGCAAUGAAACAUUUAUAGUAUUGUCCCAUAGCACCAUCAUUUACGUAGCAAUGUCACAUAGCACAUGUAAUGUAUUAAGUAGCAAAUGCAGGACUGCACCAGAUAAAAACCAUUUAAAUUAAAAACAAUUUUCGUUAAAAAAUCCCUUACUGUACUUAUCCCAAGAUGGAGGUCAUGUACAAGAAUGUCAAUGAAGAACUGAAGGAGUCCAAAGACAAAGUUUCCUACUACAGUAAUGAGCUGAUGGCUACAAUACAAGGUUAGACAAUAAAAACCUUUACAGUGGGGGAUGUUUCAUGUCUUGGAUUCAUGUAACUAUAGGAGACUUGUCAUAAGGCAAAGCUAUCAGCUUUGUAAUCAGAGAUAGGAGGUUUGUAAUUAGAUAUAUCUUAGUUUUCUAUAAAUAAAUUUAAACAGGCGGUGGGUGGGAGGAGGGAUGUUUGGGAAACUUAUUUGUAUUCAUCCAUAUUGGAAGUGAGUCCAAUAAUGUAUGGGUGCAACAAGUAAAUAGCCAUUUUUGUGUCACAUUGAUGUAUCGUAAGGAUAUAUAUAAGUAUUCCUCAUAGUAAACACUCUUUUUUUUCUAUUUCACUUAAAAAGGUGCAUCAAACCGAAAUAUUACAUAUAACAAAAAAAUGAAUGACAGUAUUUUGUCAAUUCAACUUAAUUUUUACUAGCUUCCAUUAAUAAAUUCUUUGCUUAGCCCUUGAAGAGCUCACUGAAAAACAAGAUCUCCUCACACAACAACUGAUGGAGCUACAGGACAGUAGAAACAAAUUAAGCCAAGCUUUAGUACAAGCAGAGAAGAAGGUCUUCAAGCUUGAACAGGUACACAUGGAACAGGAACAGCUGUAAGUACAGUGAGCUGUGUGACCUUUCUGGUAGUUCAGUGGACUGUGUUACAUGUCUGUUGAGUACAGUGGACUGUGUGACAUGUCUGUGGAGUACAGUGGAUUGUAUGAAUGUCUGAGUACAGUUGACUGUGUUGCUUGUCUCUUGAGUACAGUGGACUGUGUUACAUGUUUGUUGAGUACCGUAGACUGUGUGACAUGUCUGUUGUGUACAGUGGACUGUGUGACAUGUCUGUCCCUGUUGAGAACAGCCGGGCAAAAACUAAUUGCUCACAUUGUACAGAACUUCAUUUUAAAAAAAUGAAGCUCACUAUCAGUUUAUUUCCUGAUAUUCUAGGACAUGAAGUAUACAAUCAAUUUAUCUCCUUUUAUUUCCAAGAACUCAAGCACAAAAUUGAUAUCCUUAAUAUGUGGCAUUUUUGUGGACUAUUCUUCUGCUAGACAUUGUUUUUCCUUGCAAAAUACAGAUAUUAUUUCUUAACAUCUAUAUUACAACCCCACCCCACUUGUUUGCAUAUUUUACUUAUGAGAGUCAAACUAUAUUGUUUGUGACAUUUUAAAGAAAUAUUAUUUUCCUAUGUUCCAGUUGUGAUGUUUCCAAACAAAUUGAGAAUAAAAAGAGAGAAGAUGAUGAAUUAUCCAAGUCAAAGUAAGCGUAUUAUUAUUUGUAUAUGCUCUUGGUAUGUAGCAUGUUACUAUGCCCCAAUCAACCGUAAAAUUUAAAAACUCUGUGAUGCCACUAAUUACAACCCAAAUAUCAGUGCAUCUCACAAAAUGUGUCAUCCUUACAACAUUAUCUAUCAGACUGGAGCAGCAUAUCGAAAAUCUUCUUCACACACUGGACAGCUUGGAGGUCAAUAAGGAAGUGACAGAGCAAGAACUCUAUGAGCUCAGAGAGCAGAUGCUUAGUGACAGAAUAAAAAUGGAGGAAAUGGCGAGUGAACUGGACAUGCUACAUAAGGUCUUGGCCACAUUUGAGACGGAGAAAGAACAAGUGGAGGUGAGUUGCAUAGCCCCGUAGUUUUGUAAAUUUGUAACUUAGGCCAUUUUUUAAAAUCAGCAUAUUUUAAAAUUGCUCAUUCUUCAAAUAAAGGACUAGGUUUUAUAACACAAUUGAGUUAUCUCCCUUGUUAGUGGUGAUUUUUCAUCAAAUAAACAGACCUGUUUACUCUUAAGAUUUUGGCGCACAAUGUACGAUUUUGAGGUGUGUACAUUAUAUAUACUUUAUGUUUAUUUUUUUUACUAUUAAGAUAAUGUAUUGAAAGAUUUUAUGAUGAUAUUGUACGAUGUUAAGAGUUUGAGGUUAAACAGGUCUGAAUAAAUGAAUAGGAUUUAUAACUCAUUGAGUUAUCUCCCUUGUUAGUGGUGAUUUUAAUCAAAUAAAUGAAUAGGUUUUACUCUUAUGAUUUUGGCGUACUGUGUAAGAUUUUGAGGUGUAUACAUUAUAUAAGCUGUAUGUUUAUUUUUUACUAUUAAGAUAAUGUAUUGAACGAUUUUGUGAUGAUAUUGUACGAUUUUAAGAGUUUGAGGGUAAACAGGUCUUGUUUUAUAACUCAUUGAAUUAUAAACUCCCUUGUUAGUUGUGAUGUUAUAUUCUAGUACCUGAGGCUAUCAAUUUAUCUCCUUUUAUUCAAAGAACUCAAGCACAAAAUUUGUAUCCUUACAUUCAAGUAACUCAAGCACACAAAUUAUAUUCUUACAUUCCUGUAACUGAAACACACAAAUUAUAUUCUUACAUUCCUGUAACUGAAACACACAAAUUAUAUUCUUACAUUCCUGUAACUGAAACACACAAUAAAUUUAUUUCCUUACAUUCCAGGAACUGAAACACACAAUUAAAAUGUUGGAGGCAGAGAAGAAGUUGUGUAUGGAAGCCAUUGGAGACCUUCGUUCACAGCUGGAGACAGAAGUGGACUUGCAUAAAAACAACCGGAGACUUGUAGAUUCACUCCAGACCAACAACUCAAUACUCCAGGGAUCCUAUCAAUCUCUCAAGUAAGUGGUCAACAUACACUCAGUAAUCCAGGGAUCCUAUCAAUCUCUCAAGUAAGUGGUCAACAGAAAUGUGGCCACAUCUAUGAAUCAUAUCACUUAUUUGUGUAAGUUGUACACGAACAGGUAGCAACUUAACGAACUCUGUAUAACUCCGUACUCCAUGGUUUCAUUAACAAAUUUUGUGUUUCAAAUUUUGUUGAGUAAAAUCACAUUUUAUUUUGAAUAAUGUUAAUUAAAUGACCUUUGUAACUUAGGCCAUUUUUAAAAAACUUGGUUAGCAUAUUUUAAACUUUUUCAAUACUCAAAUUUGUCAGUCUCAUAUAUAUAAACUACGUUAUCAUUAACGUCUCAAGUUUGUUAAUCUUAUAUAUAUACACUAAGUUAUCAUUAACAUCUCAAUUUUGUUAGUCCUAUAUAUGCUAGUUUAUCAUUAACAUCUCAAAUUUUUAAGCCAUAUAUAUAUGCUAGUUUAUCAUUAACAUCUCAAAUUUUUAAGCCAUAUAUAUAUGCUAGUUUAUCAUUAACAUCUCAAAUUUUUAAGCCAUAUAUAUAUGCUAGUUUAUCAUUAACAUCUCAAGUUUGUUAGUCAUAUAUAUGCUAGUUUAUCAUUACCAUUUAAAAAGUCCACGCCAACAUAAAACAAUGGAGGGUUGAAAAGAUCCAUGAUUGAAAUUUUUGUUACUAACACUUGAUUGCAUCCUUUGCCCAGGUCUGAGGCACGCAGGCUUGAUGAAACUCUGUCAUUAAAAAUGUUGGACAUUGAUGCCAGCAGCACAGCUUUGAGCAGCCUUGAGGACAAGAUGGACUUAAUGCUAACCAAUCUGCAGGAGAAAUUGGGCUUAGAGGUGAAGUACAGCAUCUUUUUGAGUUGUAUAUUAAAAUCAAAACCAUAUGUGUUACACAGCUUCCAAAAACACCCAACUUUUCAAAAUUCUCAGCAAAGAUAAAAAUAUUGAACUGUGGCUUAACAUUUUCCUCUGGCUGUUGAAUGAAUUGUUUUUAACAAAAAUAGUUUUAAGUUCACAGGUUCAUCUCCUUUUUUUCAUUUGAGAAUGCUAGUAGUGACAUUUCUCAACUAUUUUCAGGUCACAUGCGAGGAAGAUAAGAAAAGAAGUAACAAUGCAACACAGAGGAAGCCAAAUUUGAGCUUCCAACAGGGAGAUUCUCUCGUGGCCUUCAUUCUGUCACAUGUCAACACCCCUUCCCUUCAAUCACCUGGAAAUACAAGCAACAUGUCUGGUGGAAACCAGUCUCGACAGGAUCCAUCCAGGGAAUGGAUCAACAGACCUAAACAAUGCAAUGUGUCAUGUGAUGACCUGGAACCCCGCGCCAGAGAUGGCGCGCCGCAAGGAAACGGUUAUGGAGGACGAGAGGAAAAUGAGGUCAAUUCUACAGAGUUGGGAUAUCCCUGGGACAUUUCUGGAUUGGAUUUCACAUUUUCUGCCAUUAAGACACCUGCUAGGAAAUCAGGAACACAAAAGCAAGGUGAAUCUGAAGAGCUUUCAAGCUCAACACCACGAUUUGCCAACAUACGACGCAUCCCAACUACAGUUGAUAGGGUUAAAGAUGUCACUUCUAGAGUCACAAGUGACGGUCAGCACAGAGCUGCAGGGACACUGUUCUCAGAUCGUGAUGGUUCUGAUUCCUUGCUGUUCAAGGUAAGACAUUGAUUUGAAUUUAUUGCACUCAUACAUUCAGUGCAUUCAACUUACUUGUACGUAGAUUAGCUACCUUUUUAGUGCAUUCAUCUUACUUGUACAAUGGCAAAGUUUUCAGUCCAUUCGUGUUACUUGUACAUUAGCUAACUUUGUCAUUGUGGGAGUUGCCAGUGUAUUAGCUUCUCUGAUGAACUUUUUCUUGGCUGUAUUAAAGGGUUGAUUGUGAUUUAGUUCUUAAAGUAUGUUAUAUUGAUUUGGUGUCAGGAGUGACUGGCAGAUUAUAACUUUAUUUUUUGCUCACCUUUUCUUAUACCAAAGCUAUUUUUAAUGUGCUACAAUAAUUUCAUGGAUAAAUUUGUUAAAAAUAUCAAUUUUAAUAAUAAAUUUAGAUUUUUAAUUUAAAAAAAUUUAGUCUGUGCAUCAUGUUUCGGAUCUGUGCAUGAUGCUAUUUUCGUCCGCCGUAUUGCCAGUCCUGUCAAACUUCACUGAAGGCCUGUAGCACAAAAUGAUCCAAAAAUGGCUCAACAUUUAUCUUCAGAUGAUUUUGUUGGUUUGAUUUCAAGUCAAGAAGGGAUACUAGACUAAAAUGCCUUUUGAAGGUAAGAUUUUUUUCCUUUGUUACAAUGGCCAAAAUGAAUGCAAAUUUUAUUGAAACUGUGGGGAAAAUCUUUAUUUACAUUGAUAUACAGUUACAGAGAACUUCAUAGAAAUUGAAAACAACUAUUUCAGUUUACCUAUAUUAAUCUAUUGUUCCAGUUUAUCAAUUGUAUAUUUUUUAAAAUUAAUCCUUUUUUACAUUGGAUACACUAAGAAGAGCCAAUGACUUCUCAGUCUAAAAUUUAUUCUGAAUGAAAUGAUUUAAUUUUGCAAUAUAAUUAUUUUUCAUUGAAUGAAUUAAACUUCUUUCAGUUUUGUCCAUUGUAAAAUCCCAGCCUUCCUGAAAUGCUUAUAUUUUAUGAUCAUUUCACAGUGUUAGAGUGAGGACUGGGACACUGGGCAACCCAAUGUUCAGGCCGAUGCUAUUCCUGUCUGAGCUACCGAAUUACACAUGUCUAAGACACGACAAGGAGCACCCUUCUACUUUAUAACUUUUCAACAUCCAUUUACAUGAACAAGGCUGGAGAUGCUUUGAAAAUGUACAUAACCAUUGCAGCUGCACUAAUAAGGCAACUGAGCCAACUUGGUUUUAAAACUGGACAUUCCAGUUGAUGAACAAAACUUCUAUAAUUCAUUUGACUACUAAUCUACAGUCCCAAUUGUGUGAGCUGUCACUGGAUCAAAGGAGUUUAUUGACUGGAUUGUGGAAUUCAUAAAUUGUUUUAAUUUAAGCCAAUAUCCAGUGACAGGCCUGUCUAUACAAGUAAGUUUGUACAAGAAAAAUAAGCUUUGGAAAUAAAUUCUAAUAAUGUGGACAGUGAUGCAAGUAAAAGAAUCAAAACCAUGGCCGACAGCAUUGUUCUUUCAUUUUAAUGACAUUUCUAUUGUUAUGCUAAUAGUCAUUUUUUAAUUAAUUUGAAGAAAGCAAAUGUAUGUCUUGAAUGAUUAAAAAGAUCUGAUAGCUAUUCUUUUUAGUUCCACCCUAGAAUUAAUCGGUCAGUGACAAACUUUGUUGACAAUUCUUAUGUUUCAGACAGCAAUUCUAAGAUUAUAACUCAGCAUUGUUAAAACUGCAGUGGUUACUUACAGUAAAGAACUAAAUGUUCAAAAUCUUUAUUUAAAACAAUUAUUGGCUAUGUAAACUCAUAUAUUUAACAAAGGUCGCGCAUUAAGUCCCAGAUUUUCUUUCCAUUUUUAAAGCUAAUGGUUUAUUUCUACCUUUAUUUUUAUGUUAUAUUUUAAAAUAAAAGUUAAAAUUAUUAAUUUUCACAUAUUUGCUGAUAAAGAUAGUGUUUCUAUCAGGGAACACUUGCCUUGUUUUAUUUAAUUUAUUUCAAUAAAACAAAUUUUUAAAUCAAUUUCUCUAUUUUUAAAUCCUUUUCAUCAACUUUGCUUUUGUUUGGGUUUCUUUGUGGCUGAAAAAGCUUUGGAAGGAUAACUGACCCACUUCCCCUCAUCCUCAUAACAACAUUUUCAGCCACACCCUCAACCCCAAAAAUAAGUUCUUCCUGUUUUUCAAGGGGAAGAUGAAUGAAAUAUGAUUGGUUCAAUGGGUGUAUAUUUUGGUGCGGAUAUUGCUUAGCUGAUGUUAUGUGUUUUGUAUGUGUGAUAUAUUUGGGUUCAAGUAUAUCUUUAGUCUAUAAUGUUUUACAUGCAUUAAGUUUGAUGAAAACCAUUCCCAUGCCAAAAAUCAGUUGUCCCAGUCACAUAAAGGUUAAAUUACAUAAAUGCAAAAAAAAUGCAUUUUAAGGAUUUAUCAGAAAAAUUUUGUAUUUAGGGGUUGUGUCAUUAAAAUUAUUAAUUCAUUUUUUAAGUUUCAUAAUGAAUAUGAAUGUUGUAAAAUUGCUUGAAAUUCUUAUGUGUCGUAAAAAUGGAUACCAUUGAUGGAUAUAAUAAAGAUUUUAACUAAUGUCUUAAUAAUUAAGUACUGUAGCAUAUAUGUGUCUUUUCACGUUAAGUCUCGACUAAGAUACGCUUUUAUAUUUAUAUAAGUUAAAGGUUCUUUGACAUAUUUUAAAUAGUUGCGGUUGGGGAUGAGGACAUAUAAUGCCCCACUUUUAUUUUAUUUUUGUUGCUUCUGCCUAUUUUUGGUAUGUUGAUAUUUUUGUAAAAAUUCAACACAUUCAAACUCGAUAUUGUGGAUAUGCAUCAAAACCAUAAUUAACUGUAAUCCAGUGCUUCUUAACCACGGGUUCGGUGAGUCAGUCUCAGGGGUUCGGCGGAGGUCCAAACAAAAUCAGGGGAAAAAAUCAUCAUAUUUUAUUUUAACCAUUAAGAAGGGUUCGGUGAAUGCGCAUAUGAAACUGGUGGGGUUCAGUACCUCCAACAAGGUUAAGAACCACGGCUGUAAUCUCAUAAUUGUAAUCAAAUAAGAGAUAAUUCAAUUCUGAAUCCAAUGAUAUAUAACAAGUUAUUACUGCUAUGUAACCUCAUUUAACAACCAGCCAGAUUGUAAAGCUAUCUAAAGAGUGAGAAAAAAGUUUAAAAAACAUAUAGUGGAAAGAGGUAUGUUUAGGCUUGACAAUAAAAGACAUGACAAUUGUACGGACGUUUCAGCUGGAUGACUUCUUCAGCGGGCAAUACAAUAAUAACAGAUAUAUUUAAAUCAAAAAUAAAACUUUUGUUUUUGAAGAUUUCAAUAAUGUCAUUGUAGGUCAAAGCUCAGAACUGGAAAUGCUCUGUUUUGUUAGAAACAGAAACAAAUGGCAGAAAAUCAAGAAUAUUUGAGAGCUUAAAAAAACAAACACAAAAACAGCCAUUUUUCUUGCAGUAUUUUUUUUUUUUUACUAUUCCAGUAUUAUUUUCCAAUUAUGGGAUUCAUUAAAAUAUUUAAUAAUAUUUGUAUAUUUCUGUUACCAAGAUUUUAAUAGCAUGCAGUCUUACCGAGUAGAUUUUUUGUUUGUUUAGGUCAAGAAUGUUGACAGAAAGUUCCAUCACAUUGAGAAGUUAACAGAGAAAGCAGAAAGAACUUCAAAGCUGACCAUCGCUGACCUCACGGCAGAGAUGUGAGAUUCUAUGUUAACUUCUUAUUAUAUUCUUAUUAAUUUUUAUUCUGUGCAUGAAAUCAGAUUGGAUCAUUUAGAUCUUUAUGACGUCUAAACACCUAAAAUUUCAUUGAAGUAUACAGAACAUGCUUAUUUCUUUAAUGCUAGUCUCUAUUGAGGUUCAAUAAAUUCACAGGGACGUUCUAUCAAACAAAGUGCAGUUUCAGAAAAACCACAUUACACAAUUGGAGUCAGACCUGACUAAGAUGACACAUUUGCUGAAUUCUAAGAACACUGAAAUUAAAGAUCUCUGUACCAGGGUCAAGGCCAUGAACGAGUCUAUCCUCAACUUUCAUGACCAGAAGUUAGAGAAUAAAGUAAGUAUGACAAGAAUAUACAGCAGACCUGUUUACUUUUAUGAUUUUGGCGUACAAUGUACGAUUUUGAGAGUCUUUUACAAGUCUAUGCAGAGACCGGUCCGAAUUGCAAUUUGAAGAGACCGGUUAAAAAACAUUUCCCCCCCACCAAUAUUGUGGGUUGUCACUAGGCUCAAUACUACUACAGCCUUAUCUAGCAGGUUACUUAGGAAAAUACAAAGCAUUAGUUAUCUGAUAACCGCGAAACAUUGCUUGAUAUUUUUAUAGCCUUAGUAGGCCUUAUGAGAAAUCAUGAAUUUAACAGAUUUUUAAGUAUUAGAGACUGUCAGGAUCAUUAUUGUAGAGUUUAUGGAUAAAUUUAGUUACAUUCUGGGGACCCCCCCUCUAUCCCCAUGCUGUCAUAAGCAUCCUCAGUGCAUAUAUGUAAUAUAUUGACUGCAACUAACGUUGACAGGGUGCGGGAGGGAGUAUGAAAAUGUGGUUGGUUUUUUGUGUACAUUACAUACGGAUGUCCAAAUUGUCCAAUCUGGCAUUCAAAUUUGACUACAUUGAUGGACAUGCACAUUGCAUGGAUGAUUUUAAUGUUAUCAUGGGCCUGGAAUCGGCACUCCAUUUUUAAGACUACGUAUUCUUUUAAAAUGCAUUCUCAACUGCUCCGCACAGCAGGAUUAGAUUUUGACAUAUUUUAUAAGAUAUAGUAAGCUGCAUUUGAAAUCUAUUCUUAAAAGUCACCAAGCAGCUACACAAUUUUAAUACCCGUUAUGUUCCAUUACUUCUCUUCCCUUCUCCCAAUACAACUUGCGGUAGUUUUAGACCCCCAAUUUGUUAACAGAAAAUAAAUCUGCCUCCUAGGCUUAAAGCAGGGGUGGGCGACCCUCCAUGUUAAAUGUCGUGGCCAGCCAGAUCUAUCGCAAAUGAACUGAUUUCUUCAUCCAAAUAGUGAUUAUUUUAAGUUGUGGGUUAAACACACAAUUUAUACAUACAUCAUUUGUGUGGAUGGUACACACCAUUUUCCCAUAUAAACAAUUUUACUCUUUAUUAACUGUUAAAAUAAAAAGUAUUUAUUUUUUCACAAGCAAUAUGAUUAAGUGUAGAAUGAUGCAAAACUAUGUUCAGAUAUAUGCAGAAGUGCAUCCCUGCUUUUUGAAUUUAUAAAAAAAAAUUCGGAAGGGGGCUAAGCCUCCUCCCCAAACCUUCCAGCACUUUUGUUCAGGUGACUUCAGUGGGUAUUCUCAAUUUCUGCUCCCCACCACAUCUUCGUCCAUCAAAUCAGCAAAUAACAGGCACAUUUUUAUUUGAAAUAAUGCACUAUAUAUAAACGUCAUUUAUCUACUGUGAGAGGUGACCUUUACAGACCUGUUUACUCUUACGAUUUUGGCGUACAAUGUACGAUUUCUGAGAUGUAUACAUUAUAUAUACUGUAUGUUUUUUUUUUUUACUAUUAAGAUAAUUUAUUAAACGAUUUUGUGAUGAUAUUGUACGAUUUUUAGAGUUUGAGGGUAAACAGGUCUGCCUUGCACAUAGUUAUUGUAUACAUUAUACUUUGUUAAUUUACUAUUACAAUAUGGUAUUGUACGAUUUUGAGAUGAUAAAGUACUAUUCUGUGACCAUAUUGUGCUUUAUUGCGAGUUCCGGUGUAAACAGGUCUGAUAAGGGUUAGAUUGUGUUUUAUAUACUGGUACAUGGGUGACAAAAAGCUAGAGUGUCAGUAUGUCUUACACACUGAAAAAGUUGUAUACUUUUAUUUAGUCUUUUCAAUGAAUGUUUUUUGAGUAAAUUUGCAAUUUAUUUUUUUUUAAGUUAAAUUUUCUAUCAACUUCACAUAAUUUUAUACAAAAACAUUAAAAAAACAAAAACAUUAAGUAAACUUUUAAGAAUUGGACUUCUUUAUUAUAAUUAAAUGUUGAUUGUCAUUGGGGGAUGGGGCGUUCAAUGUCUGCAAACAUUUUAGUCAGAUAUUCAUACAAUAAACAAGAAAAGAGGAAUUCAUAAAAAUGCACAGAUAAGUAUGACUGAUGAUGUUAUUGAAAAUGAAUUAUAUUCUAUUAUGCACCACUUUUUAUUGUAAAAUGUUACCCUUGGGAUUCAUAAAGAAGAGAAUGAAAAAUGAAGCAGUUUGCAUAACCUCAAAAAAUUAUUUUGUACCGCUCACAGCCCAUCUUUAAUAGAGUUGGGUCUUACAAUGGUUAAUGUUAUGAUCAUUGAAAUCUUCAGUCAUCUCAAAAAACUUCAAACGAGUUUGAGUUAAAUUAAUAUUGUUGGUGCCAAUUUUUUGUAAUUGUGUGAUAUUGAUAUAAUUAAAAUGCAAGAAUUAACAAUUUUUAAAAAGAGAGGGGGUGGGGUUGUCCUCCAAAUCAAAGGAUAUUUUUUAAAAAAAUCAAUUUUUGGUUCAGAGACUUGAGGAGGACAAGAAAGAGCUCCAGUAUCGAGUGGAGGAUCUCAGGGGUCAGGUUGCACUCUUGACAGAACAGUUAGAUGACUUUACCAAAAAGCUCAGCUAUUCAAGAGAGCCUGAUAUCAUAUCGGCCAGAGAAAUUCUUUCUUUAAAGAAGAAGGUCAGUCAUUCAACAAAUCAGCUUAUUAUUAAUUUUUUUCACAAUGUAAUAUUCAUUUUUUGUAUUGCCCUUGAUCAAACCAAAUUUUUUUCAUGUUCACAGAAUCAUGAAGGCAUAAUGAAGUUGUUUAUGGAGAGAGAAAAGAACCAAGAACUAGGAGAGAAAGCCAUGAGAAGGGUAAGGAGAUGAGCCAUAAGAGAGUAAAGGGGAAUAGGCCAUGAGAAGGGUCAUAUAUUCACACUUGGUCUUUCACAUUUCACAAACAGCGUUAAAAAGUGUGAAAAUUGUACAUCACUGUUUUUUAAUUGAAUUGGAGGAUUUAAACUUGUGUCUCCAAUAGUUGGAAGGAGAUGUGAAGUUACAGUCCAAUUCAAAUUUGAAGUCAAGUUCAACAAGUCUUUGGGCUGACAAUAAAUUUUAACUAAAAUUGAAUUUUAAAGUGGUGGCAUUAAGAGACUAUGACUCAUGACCUGCAUUAAGGAUUACUUAAAGUAUUAAUACCUGGUACCACUUGUACAGUUUUUCAAACUUGACCGUUAUUUAAUGGAAUCAAAUAAAAAUAAUUGAAAUUUAUUUUGUAAUUACAGAUGAAAAUUCUCGAAUCUAACUGGCAAAAAGCAGAAGCCGAAGUAAAAAAAUUGGAUGAUUUAUUGGAAGCUGUUAGGCAGGUAUGUAAUAUCAGUAAUCAAUAAUGUCCAUUAUUUAAUAUUUUCUGGUCAAUUUGCUGAACCAAUAUGGUUCCUAGUUUUAAAAUAUUGCGUAUCAUGUAGCUCACGGUUUUAAAUGUUGCUUAGCAUAAGACUCUAGUGAAAUAAAACACAUUCACUGCUUGCAUCUCCACAGGCAUGCAUUGAUAGCCAGUGCCAGUCAAAAGUUCCUAUUGUACUGCACAUUAUACGCCUGCUCGAUGGUCUGGUUUAG